CAGAUGCGGAAAAAAUAAAUAUUAACUGUGAGAACUCAUUAGUAAUAAGGUAAAAAAAAAAACAAAACGCCACAGUGUCAUUUUAUCUAAAUCGCAAACUUAAAGUCGGUCAAUUACCUUAAGCUAUUAACCUAAGUAUGUUUCGGCAAUGUAAAUAUAAACAGCAUUAGCACAACUAAUCCAAGCAACAAUUGCAUAACCAACCUAAUGACCUAAACUCAAAGAUUACAAUGUGUCGAAAAAAAAUAGAGGCGCGUACCAAUCGGACGUAGGCAGGUGAUCAGAGACCUCCCUCCAUCGCGGGCCCGCCUCGAGGCUCCGGCUCGGCCGUCAGACGUGACCGUGCGACGACCGGCCGCGCUCAUGCUCGCUCCCGCCCCUUAAAAUGAAGUGUUUGUGGUUAUUUGUGCUCACAGUUCUGUGUAUACGGUGCGACGCCGCUGGCAAGCCUCGGAGAGGACGCGGCAGCAUGUGGUGGGGUAUCGCCAAAGCGGGGGAGCCAAAUAAUUUGUCGCCUAUAUCUCCGGGCGUGUUAUACAUGGACCCCGCAGUACACGCCACGUUGAGGAGGAAACAGCGACGGCUGGCGCGGGAGAACCCCGGGGUUCUCGCCGCAGUCGCAAAAGGAGCCAGCAUGGCUGUCGCAGAGUGCCAGCACCAAUUUAAAUAUAGAAGAUGGAACUGUUCAACAAGAAAUUUUCUAAGAGGAAAGAAUUUAUUCGGCAAAAUUGUAGAUAAAGGUUGCAGAGAAACAGCGUUCAUAUACGCAAUAACGAGCGCAGGAGUAGCGCACGCGGUGUCGCGGGCGUGCGCGGAGGGCGCCAUCGAGUCCUGCACGUGCGACUACUCGCACGUCGACCGCCAGCCGCACCGCAGCCGCUCCGCCGCCGCUGCCAACGUGCGCGUCUGGAAGUGGGGCGGCUGCAGCGACAAUAUCGGCUUCGGCUUCCGCUUCAGCCGCGAAUUCGUCGAUACCGGCGAGCGCGGCAAAACGCUCCGAGAAAAAAUGAAUCUACACAACAACGAAGCCGGCCGAGCGCACGUGCAAACGGAGAUGCGGCAAGAAUGCAAGUGCCACGGCAUGUCGGGAUCCUGCACGGUGAAGACGUGUUGGAUGCGGCUGCCGAGCUUUCGGUCGGUGGGCGACGCGCUCAAGGACCGGUUCGACGGCGCGUCGCGCGUGAUGAUGCACAACGCGGAGGAGGCGCCCGUGCAGCGCAACGACGCGGCGCCGCACCGCGUGCCACGACGAAAUCGGUACGGCUUCCAACUGCGGCCGCACAACCCUGACCACAAGUCGCCGGGCGUCAAAGACCUGGUCUACUUAGAAGCCUCACCAGGAUUCUGCGAAAAAAAUCCGCGGCUGGGCAUCCCCGGCACGCACGGGCGCACCUGCAACGAGACGAGUAUAGGCGUCGACGGCUGUGACCUCAUGUGCUGCGGCCGCGGCUUCAAGACUGUAGAGAUGACAGUCGUGGAGCGGUGCAACUGCACGUUCCACUGGUGCUGCGAGGUCAAAUGCAAGGUCUGUCAUACCCAGAAGAAGGUCCACACGUGCUUAUAGGCGUCAGACGUCGGACUGUGUACCUGUUACACUUGUGAUUAGAAAUUCUGGUGGUUGUGACUCGGACUCGAGAGUGGACCCGUUUAAAGUGCUCCAAGGCAGAUAACGGACCGUGUAUAUAAUCGCUUCACUUUUUCUUCUAUCGGAGUCGACGAAAUCGUAAUUCAUGUUGACUUAUGUAAAUAGUUCUAUAUCACUGUUUAUUUCUUCUUUUUUACGCGUAUAAUUGAUCCGGCGUGAAAUUAAAAUAAGCGAUAUACUGUGUAGUAAUCUCGGCCCACUCGCCCGGUUAAUUUAUUUGGCUAUUAAGUGCGAACAUGUGAUCUAGUAACGUUAUUUUUUGUGAACACUGUCAUUCGGAAACUAAUGAGACCAGUUUAAUGACGAUUUGUUUCUGUCAGCCUGUCAUCCCUGGUACAAUCGGAAUUGGUUUUAUUGGUUUCCUUAUGCAGUCAGGUGUAUAAUUUAUUUAUUUUAGAUAUGGUACCUAUACGUAUUAUUUCCGUUUGACUGCGCUCCGACUGGAGACACCUACGCUACGCUUAUUCUGACUUUAAUUGAUAUUUCUUAAUAUCAUUUCAAAGUUGUGUAUAAUAGAUAGAUUUUGUUUUUGCGGAUAGUUAUACUUGGAUAUAACAAUUGCAAUGAUUAUAUCGGGUUAAUUAGUUAUAUUAAUGCAUCCUACUGUGCACGCACGUAUAACUGUUGAAUCAAAAGCGAAAUUAUCUUAUAAAUAUAAUUUUCAUAUUAUAAUUAGGCUUGUUAUUGGAAUUUGUGUCUUAUUCCGAAGGCAUAGGGUGUCUUCGCGGACGCUGGGAGCCUGUUAUCAGCCCGCAAGUAGUCGUCGUAAAAGUGUCCCACAUUACGAGAUAAACGCUCUCGAGAAUUUUAAUUAAAUAUUAAACGAAUUAAAUAAUCAGUAUUAUACGUAUAAUAUUGUAUGCAUGCUGCGUCCGAUAGUCCGAGAUAAUAUGCACGCGAGGUUGACACAUGUUGUACAUUUUAUACAUUAUGCUCGUCGAUUUACGCUGUUCUUAAUAUACCUGUCCUUAUGUAAAAGCAUGUGUGUUACUUUUAGUAACUUUAUAUUUUGCCGAUUUUACGGAUUUUAGUAGAAGUAUCUACAAAACUAUUGAUUAAUGCAUGCGAUAUACAAAUUGAUGAUUUUUAACUGAUAAUUUUUACAGACCAUCGUUGAUUUAUUUCCACUAAUGAAUAAUAUUAUGACAGAUUGAAGGAUACCCGACGUAUCCAUUGAGGUUGGGGCGUUUUUGUACUUGAUCCUAAAUUAAAUUUGCUGUCAUACAAUUGCCAAGAGCCUAGCUUUAAAGACCGAUGCCUAAACCAGACGCGUUUGCAGCACGCCUUCAGCUCCCUAAGUAGAGACGCGCGUUCUAACGUCACGUCAGUUGUAAUGUAUGGAACUUUAGUCAACUGUUACAUUCUUCCAGAUAUUACAAUCAGCGUGUGCAUACGCGUAUUUAUGACGGGAUUUGAAUCCUUGCUACAUUACGCAUCCGGCAUGGCUCAGCCUUGAGGUCCUUUUGGCGUAAUGUUUCCAUUCUCAGUGGAUAUACGGCAAUACUCAAUGUCCCAAUAACCGUACCUACUAAACCUGACUGUCCAAAUUCGAUAGUUUGCCUCAAAGGGAUUUAUUAUGAAAAUAUAUCGUACGUGCUAUGUGAUAUAAAAUAGUUAGCCAGUAAGUAAUAGGUAACCCCUGCUGAGCCUUCUUGUAAGGACAUUAUGGCAAACGUAUUGUCAUAGGUUUCUUUUUAAUAUUUAUUGAAAAUUUGUUUUAUUAUGCAUGAAUUUACUUUAAAAUGUUGCUUUAAAGUAAAUUAAUGAUUAGAUGAAUCGGGAUAAAGAAAACCUUUCCAUUUAUGUGUAGUUUUAUUAUAUUUUGUAAUGAGUAUGUACAUGUUUUAUUGGCCAUUAUUAUUUCACCUGACAAUAAGAAUUCGUCAUAGAUAAGUACUUUUUUUGGGUCUAAAAGUGUAUAUGUAAGAAAACUGGCGACCAUCUUCACUUGUAGGUCAAAAAAAUAUAUAAACGGAAAGUUGACAUAGCCAGUUUUCACAUGCUCGUUACUUACUUUUCAGCGGAUGAGGCCAAGACAUACUCAUUAUUACUUCCUUAUUUAAAAGACAUAUUUUUAUAAAACACGAUACUAAAUGUAAAGAUUUUCAUUAUGAAUAUUCAUCUAUACUAGAUUAAGGAUUCCUAAUCAAACGUAAAUUAUUUUCCGAUUUGCAAACAUGUUUUGCGUUCAAAAUUAGAUGAUUUUGGUGUUAAGAUGUGCUGAUUUUAAAGCUAGCCAGUGGCAAUGUAAGUUGUAAUUUUGUACGAGAGCCGAGUGGUAACCACGAGGACUUAAAAAGACUGAAGUAUUUUAUAAUUUCGUAGAUGUAAUAUCCAUGACGGAUUUGUAAAGCCAUUGUUUUGAAUUUUAACAUGAAAUCUAUUGUGAUAAAAGUAUUUUAACCUUAAUUUAAAACAACCAGUAACAACAGAUCAAAUUAAAUUGGUGCCAUUUUAAAUAUUUACCUUUUUAUUUUUGACAGUUUGUCAUUUUUUAAAGUCUUUCCGAAUAAAAUGCAGUUUUUAAAAUUAAUUUUACGCAUGUAAAUAAACUCUUAUUUGAUAUUUUAAGUUAUUUAUGAGAUAGUAGAAAGUUUUAAUUGUAAAUCUUAGGUAAAAUAAAAUUGAAAUCAGCUGAACUAAUCUGAAUCUCACUCUUGUUGUAUAGAUGAACGUACCUUUUGAAAUUAUAUUUCGUCCAGUGACCACUUUUGGGGUUGACACAUUUUAUUAUAGUAUUGGUUGUACAUUAGCAGUAUCUAUUUAUAAUUAAAAUAUUGAUUAGUUGUUACUAAAAAUACAAAAUCAAUCAAAAAAAUUUGACUAUGUUUUAUUCCCAUAUCACCAACUCUUAACCUGCAACUUUGUUGGCGUAAAUCAAACGUGACAAAAAACCAUACUCGUACAAUACCUGUAUAACACACAAGUUCUGGAAACUGUGGCUUAAGG